UCAAAUGUACAUAUUGAAAGAACAAAAGUUUAUUGCUAUUUGUUCCGAAUAACUACAUUCCCUUUAAAAAUGUAGUUCAUAUACGCUGAUAUCAUGCUUAUUAGUGGCACUUUAGUACAUUUAUGUUCAAUUUUGUACCUUAACAUCCUCUUUAUAGGUAAUGAUGUUUCUGCCAUUCUCACCGACAAGCCACAACCGCAUUCCAACUACAUUAAGGAAAUGUUCCCAUUUCUUCAAAAAGGUGAUAAAAAUGAAGAUAUGAGUGCUCUUUUGGCUGAAGUUAAAAGAGAAAAGAGAGUUUCUCACCACGGAAAUUUUAAAAGAACUCCCCAUGUUGUUCAUUUUAAUCCCGCAUACGCACAAAAUAGACGUUUUAUCCGAAGACCUUUUGUUGGAAUUAAUAGAUUUCUCAAGAAUCGUAAUAGAAUAGGAAAACGUAAUGUUCUAUCAGGAAAUAAUGCAAGACAAAUUUUUCUCAAUCGAAAAUUUAGGGAUGUAAAAGGAAACAGAGUUAAGAGGGCAAAAAUGUCAAAAAGUAGCACAAAAAAUAACAUAGAACCUUCAAAAACAACAGCUACUUCUUUAACUAAAUCUAAGACAAAUUCAUUUGUACAAAAUUCAUUCAAUUCUACGAAGAAAAUACAGAAACGCACUGACAUUAAAAAGAAAUAUGUGAACCCAAAAAAAAGGGAAAGCGAUAUUAAAAAUGUGAAUGCAAAGGAAGAAAUAUUAGAUCCAUCGGCGUUUGAUGAUAUAACAGAAAAAAGUUUAGCACCACACAAAGCAGUUCGAUCCAUUUCUUCCACUCCUAAGGAACUAAACCAAGGUGAAGAUGAUCCUUCAAAUGAAUUUAUUAUCAGAGUAUCGGAUGACACAGAAUUUAUCGACAAUGUAAAAGAACUCGCAAAACGGGAAAUAAAACCUGAACAUAAACAUAAAAAAAAUAUAAAAAGUGUAAUCACAAAAAUUUUAAUAAUACCAGUAGAAAGACAAUUUGAAGAAGCAGGUGAUGAUACCCCCGAAGAAAUUAAUAUGGUUAGUUUAAAGCAUGCCAAGACAAACAACAAAAAGAAACUUUCUACGAAAUCUCAUAAGUCGUCUUCUAUAACUAUAUCGGAAACUGCUAAACCAAUAACAACUUCACUUGUUCCAAUGGAUACGUUAAAUGUUUUGGAAUCUGCGCAACCAGAAAGUUAUAAUAUUGUGUCAAUCAGCGAACCAAUAACUGAACCGCCAACAAAUCUAGAUGUUACAGUUCCUUCGACUAUUGCCACUAUUAAACCAACAGGUUCGAAACCAAGAAAACUAAUUAUAAAGAAAAAGUUUAGUACCAAACCUUCUUUGAAAUCGUUAACUCGCAAUUUCAAUUUGUUAUUGACUAAUAUGCCGACAAUGAAUGAAAAUAGUGUAACUAAUGUUGAUAAAAUGCCGGCUACUAGUAUACUUGACCCAUCAUAAUCUUGACAUAAUAUCUUAUAAUUAUAACGUAUUGUAUAUUAAGUAUUUUCUAAUCUCAAUUAUUCUCAAAUAAAAUUCUUAAAAUCUU